AUGGAAUGCUGGAGAAGGAAGAAGCAGAAGGAGAAAGAGAAGGAGAAGGAGAAAGAGAAGGAGGAGGCCAGAAAGUAUUUCCUCAAAAACGGAAGCGUGUUUCUUAAGGAACUCAUUGCGGACUGUAACGGCAUAUCAAACCCUAUCCGAAUGUUCUCUUCAGAUCAAAUCUCCAAGGCAACAAAUCACUUCGAUCCCAAUUGUUCUCACCCUGAGGUUCCAUCUAGAUAUUCAUAUUUGGGCUUCACCUUUUACAAAGGCGUCAUCGAAGGCAGAUCUUACGUGAUCAAGUGCUUUUCAAAAUUUUGGGAUGAAGACAACCCUUACAACGAUAUUGUUUUGUCUGCUAGGGUAAGUAAUCACAUUGGGUUCCUCAAACUCAUGGGUUGUUGUCUCGAAUUUCCUCAACCCGUGUUGGUAUUUGAAAACUUAGAGUAUAGAUCUUUGAACCAUCGAGGAAGGGUUGGUUGCUGGGACGGGCCGAUGUUGCCUUGGAAUGUACGCUUGAAGAUUGCAAAGGAUGUUGCGACUGCUAUAACUUAUCUUCACACUGCUUUCUCUAGAAUCAUUAUACACAGAGAUAUAAGUGCAAAUAACGUUUUCUUGGAUAAGAAUGGGAGGGCUAAGCUCACUGAUUUAAAGUUUGCCGUAACACUUCCUGAGGGUAAAUCCUGGAUUAAAGAUAAGGUGAGAGGAAAUUACGAAUACACAGAUCCUAUUUAUCGUUCCACAGGCAUACUGACAGAAUAUUCAGAUGUGUACAGCUUUGGAAUCCUUAUGUUGGUUUUUCUGCUGGGAAAACGAGCAGUUUUUGCUUUAUCAAGUGGUGUUCAUUGUCAUAUUCUUGAUUAUGUGAAGGAUAUGCGAGAGAGAGGAGAACCUGUUGAAUUUGGGGGUGACUCCAACGACAUGAGACCUGGUCAGAUGAAAAUGUUUCUCGACCUGGCACUCAGAUGCUGCGAGGAGAGGAAUGAAGACAGGCCUAAGAUGAUCUUGGUUGCAAAAAAGAUUAAGCACAUAGAAAGAUCACUAGAUUGUUAA